GCUUCUCCCAUUCUCCAUUAUUCUCAGAUUAUCUGGGCUUGCAAAGCAUGUGUUCGUCCAUGUCCCGUAGCAGUGCGACACCACCGCCAUCUCAUCACACGAGCAACCAGAUGCCGCCACUCCCGCUCAUCCGUUGCCCCGAAUGCAACGCCGUCUACGUCCUGUGGUUUGUCUCCGGGACAGAACUAAACCCAGGGAGGCACUUCUACAAGUGCGAACGGCAUGGGCAUGGAGGGUGCAAGUUUUGGAAGUGGGAGAACAAGUACAUACAGUACUUAAGCCAGUGGUGGGGACAUCGGAUUUCGCACGCGUCGGUUCAUCGCUACGUCGCGCUGCUCGAGCAGAACCAUGCAUUCCUGAAGAACAUAUUGAUGAUGUGCCUCGCGAAUUUGGUGGUCAUGGUCACUAUCUUCCUCCUCAAGUUCUGAAGCACCACCCCGUCCUGCGUACGUAGUGUCGUACUCAUACAUGCCUUCGUCUUGCUGCCGCUCAGUGGAGUUUGAUGUACCCACCGCAUUGCCAUGGCCAUGAACAGGGCAAUGUCGUAGUCACACAUGGGCUGUAUCCCCUCUGCGUAGGGAAUGCCGUUUCCUUUUCGUAUGUUACAAUAUCUCUAGCGAUCUGCAUGUAUCAGUUAGUACGUCCAGCUUGCCCAUGCAAGGGCGGGAGCUGCUAAGUGCAAUUAAUUAUGUACCCCCCGCCGUCGUAAUUAGACUGUCUCUAAUCAAGAAACAGAUGCAAACA